AUGAAUGCCCACUCAGAGCCAAAGAUUAUCGUCGCAGUUGAUUUCGGUACUACUUUCUCUGGUGUAGCUUUUGCGUACACAGAUGAGCCGGAUGAUAAAGAAGUCAUAUCUGCCUGGCCCAGUGGAGGAAACAGGACAUCCGACAAAGUCCCUACCGAGGUCUCUUACGAUGACAGGGCACCUGGAGGAUACAGAUGGGGAUUCGACAUCAGGCCAGGGCAGAAAAGACAUCAGUGGUUCAAACUGCAACUGGAUCCAUCCCAGAAACUAGCAACCAAACCAUCGAGCCUGGCAAGGAGGUACCCAAGCAGGACCGAACUCCCCCCAGGUUAUUCUGGAGAUACAUCACAACAUGUAACGAACUAUCUUACUGCCUUGAUGAAACACACGAUGGGGGUUUUGGUCAAGAGAUACAGUCAAAAAUUCGUGGAUGACACACCCAUUGAAUAUAUCCUUACUAUCCCGGCACUAUGGUCUGACCGAGCUCGCAACUUAACUUUCGAAUGUGCAAAGAAAGCAGGAAUGUCCCGUAUCUCAUGUAUUAGUGAGCCAGAAGCCGCAGCGAUAUAUACACUGAGCGCGAUCCAACCAAACAACCUGCGGUUAGGUGACAACUUUGUUGUGUGCGAUGCAGGGGGCGGAACUGUGGAUCUAAUUACGUAUAAGGUGACGCAAUUGAAUCCGUUACAAGUGGAGGAAAGUGUAGUAGGUGAUGGUGGACUGUGUGGCAGUACAUAUCUGAAUCGAAGGUUCGAGGAAUAUCUAGAAAACAGGAUCGGGGCAGACGUCAUGGCGAAAAUCCGACCAGAGGCCAAAGCAUCAAUGAUCAAAGAAUUUGAUGAGUUUAUCAAACCCAACUUCUCCGAUCUUGCUCAGGUUGACGAAUACUUUGUCAGCACUCCGGGAAUUGACCCGACCGAAGACAACGGCAUUCAAGAUGGCUUUCUAAUCGUAACCCGCGCAGAAGUCCGAACAAUAUUUGAACCAGUUGUCUCAGAAGUACAAGAACUUGUUCUCAACCAAAUACGAGAUGUAGAGAGGGUGGGAGGACACAUCGCUGCUGUUCUUCUUGUUGGCGGGUUUGGUGCCAGCGACUAUCUUCGAAAGCGCUUGUCUUUGUGCGUAGAUCCUGAAAUAAUUAUAAUGCAACCCAAAAAUGCCUGGACUGCGGUUGUCCGUGGAGCUCUCAAACGUGGUCUAGAGGGACCUCUCAUUUCCCAAAGACAAGCCCGCCGCCACUACGGAGUUAGGUAUUGGAGCAGGUUUCGCGAAGGUGUCGACCCAGAAUCCAGCAAGUUCUGGUCUUCCUUUGAAGGGUUUUACAAGUGUACCAACUUGAUGAGAUGGUAUCUCAACAAGGGGGACUCUGUGUCGGAGACAAAGGCCGUGACACUCAAUUGGUCGAGGACCGUGGGGGUUAGCAGCAAUUUAACCUCAGAAGAGGUCGCCAUCUACUGCUGUGAUGAUGACAAUGCGCCAACUUACAAGUCCUGGAAUACAACAGAGGUUUGUAGGCUGAGUGCGGACCUGUCAACUAUUCCUAGAUCGAAAUUCAAGAGAAGGAAGAGUAAGACAUUGGGGGAUCCAGAUCAAUAUCAGAUCUCGUACGACCUGGAGAUGACGAUGGAUUCGGCAUCUAUAAGUUUUGUGAUGCGUAUCGAUGGUGUUAAAUAUGGCUCUGUUCAGACAGAGUUUGUUUGA